GUUCCGCUGAUAGGGGGCGGUGUGAUCUCCAUGUCUGUACAGUAACAACAUGGCGGUCUGAUGUCAGCGGAAUGUGAGUUUCAGCAGCCUGGGUCAGUGGGAACACCGCGGGAGAUGGUGAUAUUUCGCCAUCCGUGAAACAAAAACGACAAGAUUUAUAUGUCGGGACAAUCGGCGGUUUCUGACAGUGUUAUCCCCGGUAGCAAAGAUUGGGAUUCGAUCCCGAGUGGCGAAGAUCUAGCUUCCCGGGUUUGGUCCGAGGCGCUUCACCCUUCGCCACCGUAGAGAAAGCCUCUGCGAAGCGCAGGAGCACCAAGGCGAGAGUGAGAAGGAACUACUCCACACAUGAGGAGGCAUCAGUCGAGACAACCACAACACCAGAAACCCAGGGCCUAUGGAUCCCGUUGACUCUGAACAAGGGCAAGAGAAGCUGUCAGAGCAGUGUUGUGAUCUAACACCGACCUCCAGAGGACGACAGCGGAAGAGAAAUCCCAAAUAUUUAGAUUACGAAACUGAGGAGGCGACUAAUGAGCAAAGUGCCAAGCGAAGACCGCAGAGAAAAAGCUCAGGAGGACGAGGAAGAGCAGCUUUGAAAAGGACUCCGGCCAAGAGUGGAAAAGCUACGAGAGCCGCAGAACAUGCUGCAGAUGGGGAAUUAGAAGCAAGCGACAAAACACCUAAAGAGUCUGAUGAUAAAAUCUCAGAGGAAACUCCUAAAAAGCCAGUUAGGGCCAAGAAGACCCCAACAAAAAGAACUCCUGCCAGAAAAACUCCAGCCAGAAAAACUCCCGCCAAGAAAACUACCGCCGCUGAUGGAGACCUCCCAGCCGAGGAGGAUGGAGUUUCAAAUACUUUGCAGCAGGAAAACGGGAAACCAAAAAGAAAGUAUGUCAGGAAGCGUCCUGUGCAGGAAGUGGAACCAGUUAGAGAACCACCAUGUAAGGAGGCUGAAGAAGAACCUGAGGAGGAGAUCCAACCGGGUGGUCGCCGCAGGAGAGGUGCUGCUAAAGCGGCUUUGAAGUACCUCCAAAUUCUGGCAAAAGAGGUAUUCAGUCACCCCGGUGAUGAAUCAGGCUCCCGGGCGGGGGCCAACAGUGAUGUCACCCAAACAGAAGCAGUCUCAACAACGGGGCGCAGAAGCCUCAGAGGAAACAAAGGGCGUAAAGGAAAGAAGAGGAAACGCGCUUGCUCUGACGGCGAUAAUACGGACGAUGGAGACUUUGUCCCAGGUGCUGAAGACGAGGCUGAGGAGAUCGAAGCUGACGAUGAUGAUGAUGAAGAAGAAGGAGAAACAGAAGUAGAAGACUUGGACUCGGAGUAUAAGACAAGAAGAAAUCCAGCGGCGUAUCACGUCAACAGGAACUGGUCUGGCCCAAAUCCCAAAACCCCCAACGGGCUGAACACCAGCCUCAUGAGAAUCGUUUGGGAAGCCGCUGAGACAAACAAGAAAUUCCGGGAGGAGCACUUGAGCAGCUGGGUGUUCCCAGCAUGGGUCCCCUCCAGCAGUGACUGGCAUCCUGUACCACAAAGCGAUGUGGAGAAGUACCUGCCUCAGGAGCUUCAGUCAGUUGCGUUCAAAGUGUCCAGACAUGGUCUCAGUAAGGAGGAAACGCCUCUGCAAAGACUCCACAGGUUCACAGCAGUACCUGCUCACCCCGAUCGAUGGGACACGGUGCUGUAUGCAGGCGGGCCAGUCUGGGCCUUGGAGUGGUGUCCCACACCUGAUGGUGCUCCUGCGUCUCAGUACAUAGCUCUGGCCUGUCAUCGAGGGAUGGAUGACCAGCACUACGUCAACAAGACAUACGGCGGGCCUGGACUCGUUCAGCUGUGGAACGUCAGCAGGCUGGAGUACAACAGCAGACCAGACUCCCAGCCAGCCCUGGCCUAUGGUUUGGCCCAGGACAAAGGCUUCAUCUGGCAUCUAAAGUGGUGUCCUGCAGGAGGCUGGGAGCCUCCCAGCUGUGGCAGAAAGGAACCUUUCCUGCCCAGACUGGGUCUUCUAGCGGUUGCCACCUCCACCGGCGUGGUCACCAUUUACAGCCUGCCCCACCCUGAGGCUCUGCUUUCCAAAAACAAGAAAGAUGACACUGCCGGUCAACAGCUGCCAAUUUACCAGGCAGCAGGAGUGUUAACGCUGAAGCUCGGCUCCUUCAAAGCUCCUCGCCAUGAAAGGAGUGGACAAGUCCUGUCUAUGGAUUGGCUGCCUGCAAAACCGCACGAUAUAAUGGCUAUUGGAUUUUAUGACGGUUCAGUAGGUCUGUGGGAUCUGUGCUCGAAGUCUGCGCUGUUGCGAGUGCGAGAGCCCGACAAGUCGCUCAGCCUGCUGCCCUAUCGAUGCUUCCUGGCUCACGACCACGCCGUCCGAGCUAUGACCUUCUGUCCCGCCUCCAGAUUCCUGUUGGCGACAGCAGGUGAGGACCGCUUCGUGAAGACGUGGGAUCUGAGGAGGCUCUACAGGCCCGUCACUGUUCUCAAACGCAAUCUCACCAAUGAAAUUCAUUGGCCAAUGAACGCACCUGGUGUCGUGAUCGCUCAGGAGAACGCCUAUGCAGCGAUUGGCUCACAUGGCGUCCAUUACUUCGAUCAUGUAAUGCGCUCCAUCUUCUCUGUUCCACGGACAGGCACUCUGUGGUCUAUAUCUUACAGUGAUUGGUUGAACUGUGUGUUGACAUCAGACAGCCUUGGUGAGGUGAUCUUCUCCGUGUUACCUCAUAUAGCCUACACUCCUCAGUACAUCAAACGCACGCUGGAAAGGCGUUUUCCCGUCUACCUCACAUCUCUGGUGCCUUAUGAUACAAUUAAAGAAGAAAAUCAAGAAGUGGGAGGAGCGGAGGAGGAGCAGGAGCGGGAUGCUGAUGAAGAGCAGGACGGAGGAGAGACGGAGGGAGCGGAGGCUGGAUCUGAAGGAGGAAAUGAGAACAGUAAUGAGAACGGAAGAGACGGAGGACGAGGUAGAAAUGACAGAGCUCCUCCUCUGCGCUUCCAGACGUACAAAGAGGCUGUGAGGAAAUACAGCCUCCUCCUAAUGGACAAUGAUUUGGAUACCUUUACUGGGAGCGAGAAGCGAGCUGUGUGGAAACGCAUGAGAGACACGGAGGUGAAGGCAAAGCUGAACAUGGAUGAUAUGCCACUGGCUGCACUUCACAAGGUGCGUUUCAACCCCAACAUGUGCUGCCACACCUGGGUGGCGUCGGCAGGCCAGACGGGGCUGGUCAGACUGAACUGUUUGAGGAGCAUGAUCAGCCCCCAGCUGCAGGAAAUAAUAACAAAGAACCAGGCCCAGUUCGACGCACUGUACACGCCAGAAGACCCGGGCGAGGAGGACCAAACUGUGACCGACCAUCUAUAGCAAGAGCUCAACUUCAAGGUGGAUCCCGCAGUCACACGUGGUUCACGAUCCGCAGAGCUGCAAAAACCUGUUUUUAAGAAUCAUUGAAACAAUAUCAGUGUUUUUAUCGGCACAUACAGUAAACUAUCGUACACAUUUACUUUUUAGCAACUGGGUUUAAUCUUGUUUCAAGUCCCAAGCCAACAUCAACUUAAUGAUCAUAAUGGUCGAACAAUUCAACUUUUUAAAGUGAAGAAGGAGAAGUGAAAUUAUUUGCAGGUGUUGUGGCUCUUUGUCAACAGCAGCUCAGUGCCACGCUGACUGAACUCCUGUUGCAAGUUAAAGGAACAGUUUGCCCUAUAAAAGAAAGUUUACAGCAUUGCAGCACUCUCCUUAACAGCUGUAGUAGCUGGAGACUCAAGAAAUAGAAACCAAGCAAAACAAAUAGUAAGAUAAAAUGACUCCAUACAGGUCUCCUGGCAUGAUACUAUUCUCUGGAAGCCCCGGCUCCCAAAUUGAUUCGAAAAGAUGUUAUUUACACCCUCGACGUGCAAAGCCCCGCUUCAGGCAGGGUGCACGCUAACACUUUUAGCUAAGCAGCUACAGUGAAGAUUUUGGCCAUCAGUAGGGUGAACAUCUUUUCAAAUACAUGUGGGAUCUCUGGGCUUCUGAUGACAUGGAUUGCACCAGACGGAGCCAUUUUAUGUUUUUAGUUAUGUUUUGGGUUUUGUUUUUUUUUACAUUUUAAAACAUCUUCAGUCAUUUAGGAGAAUGCUGCAUCGCUGUUUUGCUGUGAGGCUUCAGAAAUGUUUUGCGGACUUCACCUGACUUUCUGUCAGCACGGGGGAGGAAAUAGAUAAUGAAUGAAUUUUUCAGUUUCGGGUGAAGUGUUCCUUUAUUGGAGAGCCAUCGGUAAAACCCUCCUCCUACAGCCUCACCACGUCCACAGUCUAAAUCUCUGUUUCCAAUGUUUGAACCUUUUUGUCGAUCGUCAUGUUUUUUUCUGUGUUCAGGAAGUGUGAUCAUCUGGUUAAGUGCCUUGCUUGAAACAUACCACCGUUUUUACCUUUAAGUUAGUCCAGUAAGGUUUCGGGUUGUUCCAGUUUCUCUUAUUUGGCAAAUAAAUUGCAUGUGCACAUCUGUUGUUGAGAGCAGAUAACAGAAAUGUGAAUUAUCAGCUGCGUUUGCUGUUAUAAAAUCAUCUGCUUUAAAGAGAAGUCAUUCAUAGGUCCUUUUUUUUCAAGUCCACAAGUCAGACAUCCCUCAUUAUUCUCCAGUGUGUCGCUAAUUUGUGUGGAAAUCAGACAAAAACUGUUUCUGGUCACUAAACGGAGGGUAGAAAGUUGCAAAACAUGAGAAGCUGGAAAACCUUGAGCCUUAAGACUUCCUUUGCACACGAUUUUGAUGAAGCUUUUAGUUUUGAUGAGCAGCAACACAUUCCACUGCAGUUAUAGUUUCCCUCAAAUCUCCUCUCACAUCACUGUUGAUGUUUCAAAACCUCAGCAGCGAGCUGGGAAACAUAUUGGAGCUUACGUUAAAGCUAAUUUUUGCUGCUGAAGUAAUGUGAUUUUUAUUUUUAUUUUUAUUUUUUUUUUGUCUUUUAUCAACUCAGGAUGUAACUGAGAGGAAAUACUUGAAUUUUUUUUACUCUAACUCUGCUGGAUGUAAUGUUUAUAAAUGACACAUUUUCAUUGUCCCUUUCUUUACCUGUUGAACCUCCUGCUGUUGUUGUUUUUGGAUGUAUAACCGCUUUAUUUUUCAGUACACAAAACAAGUUGGAUAAUGUUAUACUUCGCAGACAGCUGUCUCUUUUUUUUGGAGCUGGUCUGAACAUGCGUUCCUCUAAGUUAAAUUAGGGGUUUGAUCCGUUUGGUUUUUUAAAUUAUUCACAAAUGUCAUUGACAGUUUCAGAAUGAUGUUUAGUAGACAACAGGAUGAUGUUGUCAGUUCUGACAAUAUUAUUGUUAACCUGUAAAUCAUAUAGAAGUAUCAGAAUGUACAGCACCCGCUCCUUUGUUUUUCUGCUCUGUGGUUAUUUUUGGAAAUGUUAGUUAUAAUAAAUGUUUUGUAAUAAAAAAAAAAUAAUAAUUA